AUUGGUUACUAUUAUACAAAAAUGGGUUUUGGAGGCGACGGGUUGUCUACUUUAGGUCUCUCUCCUUUUGUGGAGCCUUCCCCUUUCCCUUCAACCUACCUUUCCCUUCAGGGUUUCUCCUUCGGGUCUUUCCCCUCAGUUUUUCUUUUGCUCUGUUUUUGGUAUUCUACAACAGGGGAACCACUAGUGGUCCACAAACUAGUGCAGAUCUGGUCCUUGGUGGCGACGGGAUUGACGAUUACUUCUCCUUUCUAUUGUUGGUUGUCGGUGUUGAUAGGAAUGGCGAAUUUCGAAAUCAGGUACAGGCUUAGUUGCACCCUUUUGACAAAGGUUGAAGACGGUAUCUUUCCCUUGCUAUUGAUUCGGAAAUCUGAGGCCUCCAGGGAAGAACAACUGAGUUUAGCGGGGAAGCCCCUAUGGAACCCUAGGAAGGUUUUCACAAUAUCUAAGAUUAGGGACAAAUUCUCCCCGUUUCAGUUUUCUGAUGGUUAAUUAGCAAUUGUGAAUGGACAAAGCAUUGUAGGGUGGGGAGACACUACAUCGCUAAGUCCACUUAUCCCCUCUGCUAGGUGUAGGUGGUACAAUAGUUGCAAUUGCUAGCAGCGUCAAUAAGCUCUAGUUCAUUUC